AUGGUGCGGCGCCGUCGACUGGGAAUGAUGCGGACGGUACGAAUGAAUGCAAUUCGUCCGUCGUCGAAGGAGAAAGAGCAAAGACCAACUCCAAAACUACCGUUGAUAAAGGGAAAAUCAGUUCCAAUGAUUUCCGAGUUGCCAGAUGAAGAACAAAAUCACCGUUCAAAAUGGCCGGAAACUGCAACGUUUGUAACAAUUGAGAGAAACGUGCUUGGAAACUAUAUCAGCGAGUCUGCAAAAGAAGCCAUUGAGAUGGGGCUCAAUCGUCGCAAUAAAGUCUGCUGUGAUUGUGGUCCUGAUGACGAUUGCUCUAAAAAUCCAGACUGUAAAUGUUAUCAGAUGGGAAAAGAACUUCAGAAGUAUUUCAAAAGUGAUUUCCUGGUAUAUGGAAAACCGGUAAAAAUUAUGGACAGUAUGUAUUGGGACGGGCCAAUGUUUGCUUGUUCAGAAGGGUGCGGAUGUAGGGGAGAUUGUGAUUUGAAUGGACUCAAAGACAUCGACAAGGAUCACGAUAAAAAGUACAACGUCACACGACGCGAUGGAAAAGGAUUCUGCUUGUUCACGAUGUUCCAAAUUGAAAAAGGACAACCGGUUUUGGCGUUCAACGGCGAAAUUACGGGAUAUCACUCAAUCAAUAAAAAACCUGCUGUGGAGCAAUACGCCUUACAGCUAUCCGAAGGCGAUCCCCGUUUAAGUUCAUUCAUUAGAGACUGUAACGUUCUCAACAAAGAUUACAAAGAUGUCCUUAGAAACGCUCUUGAAACCAAACUGUGGGUUAACCCAUUGGAAAAGGGAAACUGUGCUCGGUUUCUGUCACAUGCUUGCCAGGCAAACCUGGAACUUGGAAGAGUCUUCCAAGGAGGAUUUUCAUUUGCCGACGUGCGCAUUGUACUGUUUGCAAAGGAAACCAUUCCAGCCGGCUCAGAACUGACAUUCCAUUACGGCCCCGAUUACAAGGAAAAGUUUUUGGAAGAUUUAUGCCUCUGCUACACCUGCUUUGUGCCAACUAUUGUUAGAACAUCACGCCGUAUCGCUAGAAAAAGGGCCUAUGUUAGAGAACCGACUCCCGAAAGCGAAAGAUGCAAGAGGGCUCGUGAUCGAUCGAUCAUUGCAGCUGAAACUAUUGAAGCUGAGAUUGAAGAAGCUCACGAAAAACGUAUGGCUCUCAAGGCUAGAAAGGCAUUUUUGUUAAAGCGAAAACUGCGAAAAUCGAAUGUUCGUCGCACUGAAUCACCUGAAAACAAAAGAAGUCCAGUUCAAAGCUCGUCGUCAUCCUCUUCUGGUAGCACGGAAGGAAAUGUUUCUAGCCUUCGUAGCCGCAGUGACGUCCGCAAGUCUACCAGACUCGUCGGUGUCCGGUCGUCGUCGUCUAUUUCGGUAGCAACAAAUCAUGCGCAGUCACAGGAUCCCGGAUUCCAACCUCACUCAGGUGUUACCCGCACUUUGAAGGGUCGUUUUUGUCGUCAGUCGGGAAGGAUUGCGGUGUCGCGUAGUUUAUUGCAGUUGAGAGCUAAUAAGAGACGCCAACAGUCUACUGAAGGAGAUGCUUCUGGUGUAAGGAAAAAUGAGGGACUUGUUGCACGGAAGGAACGUGAACGAAAAGAACUCAUGCUUUUCUCCAAACGAAGUCGCCCUCAAACUUGCUUCAUGGGAGUUAAGAGUUCCGGAAGAGACAGCAGCAUGUCUUCAACGACUAGUUCGGAGAGAGAAAGAAGCCCAUCUUUGACCGAAAGUCCAGUUCGUUCGAGAAACCACGUUCGAGGAUCUUCACCACAAUCUUCGGGUCUUAAUGAAAGAGCAAGUCGUUGCAGAGAGCGUGUUACAAGAAGAACUCGCUUGCAGACCACUCCAGCCAGAGUACCUGUAGAACUUGAAUCAGUGUCUCCUAUUCCAGCCAGAGUUCGCCAGCGGUCUCCAGAAGUGCAAAGUCCGAAGAGCGAAAUGAGAACUCGCAGCAGAGCUAGAUGCGACGGUUAUGAUGUGGAACGGGAUCAGAGUAAGACAGGAGAUGUGGUUCAGAUUGAUGUAGAUGGAUCACCAAGAAUCACACGUUCUCACGCAAACAACCAUCCAAUGGGACAUCGUAAAAUACAGGAAAAACCCAUUGUCGAGGAUGCGAUCCCACAUCUCGAACCAAUAAUUGAUGGCUAUCACCCAGAAAGAAAUGAAUCCGUGGUUAGAGACGUGAUGGAACCAUUAGAUGUUCAAAUUCCUCAGAUGAAUGGGGAGCACCAUCAGACGUUUGUCAGCCCGACAAGCAACAAGUCACUACGUCGUUGCGGUCUGAGAAGCGAUUAUAGCUCAGUGUUGAACUCGCCUGCUUCCACAAGUCAGGAGUCAACAGGUAUGCGUGAUACACAGCGUCUGAACAAGGUUCUAUCCAAAAAUAACAUUGGCGAACUGGAAUCUCCCCGCCUAAAUGGGACAAGAGUGCUAUCACCACCCCGAACCAGACAUCAAAUCUCGAAUGCAAUCGAUUCGGAUGCAUUCAACGAUAUGCCAGUGCUCACUCAGGAACCAGUUCAAGAACGUCGAAUGAUUGCCCAGGUAUUUGAGAUCCCACGGAAAACAACCGCUUAUAAUCAACCCUCUUCUUCUAAUAGCCAGCAACACGGACAAUUCCAAGUGUGUUCAAAUGGUUCACUGGGUUUUUUUCAUCCACAAAUCUAUCAAUCAAUGAUGACUCCACCCGGAAUCGUGCCACACGCCGUCAUUAGUAACUCAGCUCUUGGUUAUAGUUCGUAUCAAGCAUACAUUCCGAAUAAUAACAAUUCUGAGCAACAGUAUCCUUCCACAUCUGAGGAUAUCACGCGCAAAUCCCAUAGAAUGAUAGUGAAACCAACCCGUUUUUUGAAUUAGUGAGUUUUUUACUUAACUUGUUCAAAUUAAGGCUAAUCCAAUUUGUUUUGCUCAGUUUUUACAAGGAAAUAAAUUGAGUUAAUAGUCUGAAAUAUAAAAAUAAACUUUGAGAAUUCUUUUUUUUCGGAGAAUUUGAAGUCUGAAUUGAAAUUUCUUGCACUGACAAUUUUAUUUUGCACUGACAAAAAUGUAAACGGUACUUUUCUUUUUCAUAAUUCAAGUAACAUGAUACAGAUAAACAAAAUGAUACAGAUUAGCAAGGAUGUUGUUGAUGUAAUUUAGCUAAUUUUUAUCACAAUUUCAGAUUUAUCAAAUUCUAUCAAGCUGUCCUAGUUUUAUUUUCCUGAUCUUUCCUGAUUCUGAUCCAACAUUUUGGUGAGUUAAUAACUCAAGAAUAAGUUUUUAUUUGAAUUUUUACAGUAACUGAACCAAAACCAUCAACCUGUGCUGUGUAAUUUUCAUUUCCAACCGUGAGUAAUGAUUACAUGAUGAUCUUUCUCGUUUUUUUAAUAACUAACAGGAAUUUUUUUUUCUUCUGGGUUACAGAUGAAAUUUUUUACUUUAGUAAAAGUUUAGUUAUUUCUCAAAAUUUAAUUCCAGAUUCGUCAUCAAUUUAACUUGUACUGUAUGUUUGCGCCAAAGCAUCGAAAUCAACGAUCUCGACUUAUGGACCAAUUUAUUUUAUAAAAAAGUUUUAUAUGCACUUUUUGUUGUUUUUUAAAAUUCUAUCCACAUUGUAUUUGUAUCCUAUCAUACAUCAAAAUUUCCAAAAAUUCCACUUUGAUCUUCUGUUCCCCAUUUGUCUCAAUUUUCUAGCUUUCUAACCAACGUUUUAUACAAAAUUCCCCAUCAACUUUUCCCUUGCAAAAUCCAAAUGCUCUUUCUACGACUUUAAUCUUUCAAAACUUCUACACUUUCAUUAAAAUAACCUCAGGAUAUUCUCUCGUUAUAAUAUUGGGUUUGGGUAUUUUUGAAAGCUUCAUUAAAUUUGACUUAGCUUUAGUUUUCCAUAGUCCACAAUUCACACCAAAAUUUGUUUCUGAAUAGCUAUCAGUUAUAUUCAAACUUGUACAAAAACAUAUAUCUCCUGACAACAUUGUUUCCAGAAUUGCUCCUUUCACAAAAUCGAAAAUUUGUGUGGAUUUUCCAAAAUAAUUAAUUGUCGUGUAUUUUUCAUUUGAAAUGUACAGAAUAAAGAAAAAAUU